CACUUCUAACCUGAAAAUUUCUUAAUUUUCAUUCCACGGAAAUUGUUUACGUGACAUAAAUCGAGUGCAUUUGAAUAAUUUUCUGAAAUAUGAUAGACGAAUGCAAUUUAGAUGAUGAUUCCACUUCACAGUUCAGAGGAGGAUCUUUGAGGAUUCAUCCAGGAGGAAGUAAAUCCGAACUUUUACCGAAAUCUAAGGAAAAUCAGAGCCUAGAUAAGGAAAAUGCGAGAAUUAACUCAAAUUGUAACUGGGGACAGACUUUUAUGUCUCCCUUCGCUUCUUUGCCUAACAAAUUAUCUGUUAAUAUCUGGGGUACUAAACCCGAACCAAAAAUAGAAAGGACAGCCUCUCAAACAGCGCCUAUGACCCAACAGAGAACUAUACAAUCAUCCGUUAUUAUACCAGAAGACCCAUGUAAUUAUUUCACUUUUCGGGAUGGGGUUGUGGAUAAUGCAGUAAAGGAAUGUAGGGAUGAAUUUUUGGAUGAAGAUUGUGAUGGCCCUCUUUUAGCCUACUUUCUGCUUACUCAGAUCAAUCAUUGGGAUACAGACAAGGAAAGACUCAUCCUUUUGACACCAAAAACUCUAGUCAUUGCUAAAUAUGAUUUUAUUGCUCUCAAACGUUUAGGAUAUAAAAAAUUACCUUUGGAUUUGGUGGAGCAAUUACACGUUGGCGAUCUAGUCUACCCUAAUGGAUCAUUGAUUCCUCGUUUAAAUGGAGUCACUGAUGGAUUGACUAAUUUUUUGGAGAAUUGUCUUUUUUCUCGAUGGGGAAAUACUGAAAGUAAACCAAUGAAUAACUUCUACCAAUCUAGGGACAGAAAUAUGAGAGGAGCAAGAUUGAUGUGGAAACAGGAGAAACCAGCGAGUUUGGGAUCCAAAUGGAAUCCUUUCACUGACAACGUUCCAUUUUGCACGUUCACAUAUCAUCCUCUGUAUUUCCACAAAGAUGGUACGGUUGAACCUAGGAGGAAUAUUUUCGAUUUGGACGCAUUCGUAGACAAACUAUGCGACGUUUUCGUCGCCAUGCAGUUGAAGAAAUCAGACGAAAAGGAUUAUUGUGCUAUAUAUCGCAAGACUAUCGUACUUGAAAAUUACGUUGGCAUCGGUUCCUUGCUGCACAAUCGAAACGCACUGGGAUUUUUUAAAGUAAGAGGAAAGUUCAGCUUCUAGGCGAAACAGUUGGGGAAAAGCAAUAAGUAUAAUAAAAGGGAAUAUUCAUUAAUUUUCACUAGGGGAUGUGCACCUGGAUCAUGAUGUAGCGUUAUUGGUUCGUAGAAAAGAAAGAAAGAUAGAACAUAUAAUAAAAAGAAAAACAAAAAUACUUGGUGUUGAGUGUUCCUAUAUUUUAUUCUUAUUCUUUUUCGGAAUUUAUUGCUUUGAUCUGUGUGCCAAUAAAUGUCAAUUUAUCUCAAUUUAACAUAUCUAAAGAACCAUGAAACUAGUGGACUUGAUAACCAAAGAUGAAGAUAUAGAAAAUAUAUAUAUGUAUACACAGUUGAAAUUUCAGUGAUAUAUUCAGAUGCGAAAAAAACCAAACUGAUAUAUCUCCAACAAGAUAUUUAUAUUCGCAAAUUAUUUUAUGAAGUAUAUUUUAUAUUGAACAUUUGCAACUUUUUAAUUUUUUCUAUACUACCAAACUUUUCAGGGUACCCUAACGGGACCAAGAUAUACAUUAAUUUUAUCUCACUAUAGUCAUUUUAUUGUAGUUUUAUGCUUAUCUCACAAAAAUGAGUUAGCAUAUAGUAAAUGGGCCAGUUUUCGAAAUGAUGUACUUUAAUCUUAUCCUAUGCUGCACUUUUAUAAUAAAGUUGGACAGUUCUUGAAAAAAUUAUUCGAAUAUAAAAAAAUAUCCUACGCACUACUAUUUGAUAAGCUCGAAUAUUUUGAAAAGAAACCUACUUAUACAA